AAUGCCCACCCACCGUACGUUUGCGUUUGGAUAAGGUAAGCGGCCAUGAGAAGUUAAUAACAGAAACAUAUGAAGCUGAAGAAAAACGAAAUAUAGGUCAAAACACCAUGAAUGCUCUUGUUUGUUCACAUAGAUCAUCACCUCCCUACCUCCCAAAACCUUCUCCAUGUCCAUGGAACUCAAAAGCACCUACUCUCCUCCCCACAAGCCUGCAAAGCAAUCCAUCAAGAACACGGAAACUACAGGCACAUGCCAAAGGCUUCACCAGCAGAAAACCACCUCGUAUGGAAGAGAGAACCACUCACAACGACAUUAAACAGAACACCAACAGUGACGACGACGACGAAAUACCAGAGGAGGUGGUUUACAGGGUCAUAAAGAGAAUCCUGGUCUCCGUGGGCGCACCUAUGGCCCUUGGCUUGGCAUUGUUGAAGUUUUUUGGAACUGUGAAGGAGCAAGGUAUUUGGGAUGUGCCUUUAUGGCUGCCAUUUACGACUACAUUCCUGACAUUUGGGACGUCUGCGCUUGGGAUUGCUUAUGGAGCUUUAUCAACGAGUUUAGAUCCUAACGAGAAGGGUUCAUUGCUUGGGAUUGAAGAGGUCCAACAGAAUUGGGUUGAGAUGUGGAAGGAAGAAGAUGAGAGCUAGGAGUAGUACCCAAGAGGGCAACCCAUGUUUCUACAUAUCUCAAUAGUCCUUUUUUUUUUAUUUUACAAAAUUACUGUUAUCGAGUAUUAUGACGGUUAUUAUAUUUUCCACGUAAUUUAAUAAUUUUUAAUAC